AUGGCCGACGGCGACGGCGACGACGCGGAGACGCUCGCGGAGCGCUUAGCGUGGGCGCGCGGCGGCGAGCUCGUGUCCACUCUCGAAGAGCUCGAAGCGCUGGCCGCGGCCUACCCGGGCCCCACGGGCGACGCGGCGCUCGGCGCGCUCGUCGACGUCCUCGCCGGCCACGAGGAGCACGAGCCCGAGGCCGUGCAGCAGGCCGCCGAGGUCGUCGCGCGGCUCGUCGACGGCCGCAGCGCCGACGGCCGCAGGAACGGCGCGGGCUUCCUCAAGGAGCCGCGGCAUAUUGUCGUGCUCUUAGACGACCUGCGGCUCUCGCUCGUCGCCCUAGCCUUCACGGACGACGCCGGCGGCGCCGUCGCGCUCGACGGCGACGCGAACUACGACGACGGGCUCGUCGUCGACCCGUCGGGCGACGCGUGGUGGGCCGCGGCGACGGCCGAGGACGCCGCCGCGCGCCGCGACGACGUGCGCGCGGGCGCGCUCGACGUCCUCGCGCGGCUCCUCGACGACCACGAGGCCAACGGCCUGGCCAUGUGCGAGGCGCGCGUCCCGACGGACGGCGCGCGGUCGCCGCUCGCGCCGAAGUUCGUGCUCGAGGUCGCGACGCGGCCGCCCCUCUUCGGGCCGGCGGCCGCGGCCGCGCGCGACGUCGCGCGCGUCAUGUGGGCCACGGAGGGCGCGGCCAUCGUCGCCGUCAUGCACGCCGUCGCGCCGCCGCCGAGCGACGACGGCGACGCGGAGGCGCCCGACGAGUCGGCCGUCGGCGCGCUCGCGGCGGCGCUGCGGUCGCCGGACCGCUCCGCGACGGCGCUGAGCCUGUUCCGGGGCCUCCUGGGCAAGAACGUGUCCGUGCGCGAGCUCGCGCUCCGCGCGCCGUCGGCGACGGGGAGCCCGCUCUUCGAGGACGUCUUCCGCGACCACGUCGCGGCCGACGGCGCGGCCGUCGCCGACGGCCUCGCGCUGCUCUGCGCGCGGCGGCGCGCCUGGCUCGACGGCUGCGGCGCGGCGGCCCUCGCGCUGCUCGGCGACCCGGACGCCGUCGAGACGCUCGCGGGCCUCUGCGGCGCCGCGGCCGACUCCGCGGACGCGAAGCGGACGCGGGGGCUCGCGUGCCUCGCGCUGGGCCUCUGCCUCGACCACCUCGGCGACGAGCCGAAGCAGGGCUGGACCAAGGCGUCGCUCCUCGCGCUGCGGUCGCUCGACGGCGUCGCGGACGACGCGCGGGCCGCCGCGCGGCGCCGCCGCGACGCGGGCGCCGCGCGCGACGUCUUCGAGGCGGACCCGGCCUUCGCCGCCUGGGCGACGGCCGCGGCCGGCGCCGCGCGCGGCGUCGUCGUCGGCGGCCUGCUCGGCGGCGGCGGCGCCGCCGCGGCCGACGACGACGCGCCCGCGGUCUCGUCGGCGAUCCUCGCGGAGCGCGACGCGGAGAUCGCGGCGCUCAAGGCCACGGUCGCCGCGGGCGCCGACGCCGCCGCGGAGCGCGACGUGCUCGCCGACGCGCUCGAGAACCAGGCCUCGGAGCUCAAGCGCGUCGCCGAGGCGCUCGACGCCGUCGAGGGCAGGAACGGCGCCCUGGAGGCCCAGGUCGCGGCCCUGGCCUCGUCGGCGGACCCCGCCGACGACACGACGCUGCGCCUGCGCGUCGCCGAGCUCGAGGCGCGGAACUCGACGCUCGAAGCGCAGGCGAGGGAGGACGCGGACGCUUUGGCGACGCGCGUCGGCGAGGCCUCGGCCCUCCAGCGCCGCGUCGACGAGCUCGCGCCCCUGCUCGCCGCGGAGCAAGAAGCUCGCGCCGCCGACGUCGCGCGGCUCCAGGGCGAGCUCGAGCGCUCAAAAGCGGACCGCGAGACCGAGGCGCGCCGCGUCGCCUCGGAGGCCGAGUCCGUCGAGCGCGACCAGGGCGAGCAGGCGCUGACGGCGCAGCAGGAGGAGUUUGCUUCCGCUUUGCGCGACGCCAUCGCGCAGGCGCGCGACGCGGGCGACGCGCUCGACGACGAGCGCGCGCGCUUCGAGGCGGAGAAGAAAGCCUCGCGCGACGAGCUGCGGGCCCUCGAGCGGCGCCUCGCGGACGUCGACCUGUCGGCCGUCGCCGCCGAGGAAAAGCUCUGCGACGCGAAGCGGAUCGCGCUGACGUCGCAGCAGGAGGUGUUGAAGCUGACGCAGGACCUCGCCGACGCGCGCGCGGCGGCCCAGCGCCGGACGGCGAGCGAGUCGUCCCAGUUCGCCGCGGACCUCGCCGAGGCCAAGGAGGCGCUCAAGGCCGCGCGGUCAGAGGCCGUCGCAGCGAAGGCGGCCGAGGCGACGCUGACCGCGUCUCUGGAGAAGGCGCGCGAAAAGGAGGAGGCGCUGUCGAAGCGCCUGAGCGACGUCGUCGACGAGUUCCACGUCGCCAAGAAGCGGCUCCAGGCCGGCGACGACGGCGCGUCCGUCCUGUCGCAGGACAACGACCGGCUCCGGCGGCUGAAGGAGUCCUUAGAGAGCGACGUCGCCGACGCGCGCAAGGUCUCCGCGGCCCUCGAGGCCGCCGUCGCGUCGCUGGAGGCCAAGCUCGAGUCGACGUGCGACGCCCUGCGGAGCGAGGCCGCCCGCGAUCUCGAGGCCGCGCGCGAGGGCUUCGAGGCGCAGACGCGGCAGCUCGCGGCGGAGCACGACGCGACCGUCGGCGCCUUCCAGGAGACGCUCGAGGAGACGGAGGCGCAGCGCAAGACCUGGGAGGACCGCGCGAAGAAGACGAAGGCGCGGUUGAAGGCUUUGGAGGCCGACGGCGACGACGCGCGCGCGCUGGACGCCGAGGCGCUCGAAGCGCUGCGCCUGUCGUCCGUCGAGGACGCGGAGCGCGUCGAGGCGCUGGAGCGGUCCAAAGACAAACUCGCCCGGGAGCUGGCGCAGGUCAAGGCCGACAACGAGGCGACGGCGCGCGACGAGCUGCGCUUCCAGGAGCACCGCGUCGCCGAGGCGGACGCGCGCGCGGACGCGGCGGAGCGCGAGACCGCCGACGUCGCGCGGCGCGUCGCGGCCAUCGACCUGGAGCUCGCGGCGUCCCAGGAGGCGGCGGCGACGUCCGCGCGGUCCGCGGCGACGCUCGAGGCGCGCUGCGCGGAGCUGGAGCUCGACGCGCGGCGCGCGGCGCGCGCGAACGAAGACGCGCUGGAGGAAGCGGCGGCGAAGGCCGCCGCGCUCGAAGAGCAGCUCGAGGACCCGCCGGCUACAAUUAUCAGCGCACCAGCGGCCAAAUUAUCGCCACAAUCCAUGGUGUUGCUCACUGCGGAACCGGCCAUCGGGGUGUCCUGGAGCGGCGGCGACGUCGUCGUGACGUCGGCGAGCCGCGUCGUCGUCUUCGCGCAGGAGGCGUCGGGCGCCUGGGCUCCGGCGCGGCGGUGGGCGGCGCCCGGCGGGAGCGCCUUCGCCGCCGCCGCGGUGGUCCAGCGGCGCGCGCGCUGCGUCGUGUGCGCCACGGACGCCGGGUCCGUGGUCUGGGCGCCCCUCGGCGCCGAGGUCGCCUGGGCCGAGGUCGCCGCGGCGCGCGGCGCCUGCGUCGGUCUCUUCGCGUCGCUGCCGGCGGCCGGCCUCGAGGACGUCGCCGCGGCCGCGCUGGCCGACGGGCGCGUCGUCGGAUUCCGGCCCGGCGCGGGCGGCGCCGUGGCCUUCCGCGUCCCCGCGGCGCGCGCGCCCUUGCUGAAAACGGACCACACGCUCUUCAACAUCUUCUUCGUCUACCGGCGCCACGCGCCGCGGUGGCACCGCGCGAUCCUGGCGUACGUGUCGCUCGUGCUCGUCUUCUGGGCGGAAGCCGUCGCGGCCUGGUACACGAACCCCUACGGCGUCUGCGAAUCGACGAAGAACGAGGGCUCGUGCGAGAACGUCGACUCGCCCAUGGGCCUCUUCAAGCAGCGGGGCCUGUGCGUCUGGGACCCGAAGGAGACCUGCGAGCGCGAGCCCUGCGACGACUGCCGGUUUCGGGAGUUAAGCUACACAGAAGAAGCUUUGGCCAACUCCUGGGAGGCCUUCUCGUGCGUGUUGAUCGCGAUUCCCGCCAUCCUGCUCUUCCAAUACAUCUUAAACCGGUACAUCAUGGCGCCGGUGCGCAAGGAGGAUCGCUUCUGGAGCGCGGAAGCUAGAAAGGCGGGCGAGAGCGCGCUCCAUGCUUUGGGGGCCGCGGCGACGCGAUCCGAGGCCGAGGGCGCCGCCGACGGCCGCGCGCGGCCCGUCGUCAGCGUCGGCACGCGAUUAUUAGUCAACCUCGGCCAGCUCGACGAAGACGGUCAAUCUGUCGCGGGCACGGACACGCUCGAACUUCUGAGCGCGCCGCUCUUGCGCGAGGUCGGCGACGAGCACGGUCUCACGGAUUGGUACGCGCGGUGCGCCUGCGUCCCCACGAUGCGCCUCAUUCUGGACCGGAAGCGCGAGCUCGCCGACGCUUUGGAGGCGUGCGACGCCUCUCAAGCGGACCGCAAGCAAGCUCUGGAGUUCCUCAGCGACAAGCUGGACCACGACUGGCACUGCGACCGAUCGAACUUCCCCGAGAAGGUCACGAGUCAGCUCAUCGUGUCGUUACGCUUGGCCCGCCGCUACGAGGCGCGCUACGUGAACCACGGCAACGCCUUGCGGCGGUCGACGGCGAUCUACCAGUUGCUGCUAGCGCAGCACCUCGACCACCAGCUUGAGCGCCACGUCUACAAGCGGUCCAUGGACAUGGACCUCGAGCGAGAGCUGGACCUUCCGGCGCGGCCCGUGUCGCUCGACGCCAAGGUGCUGGGGCUCCUCGCGGGCUUAGUCUUGUUCGUUGGCCCCAUCUACUUCAUGCUCUUCUACGGGCGGCUCAUGGGCGUCAAGGAGACGUGGCAGUGGUGGAAGGUCGCGAUGCUGGCCAUCGGGCUCAUCGUCUUCGUCGUCGAGCCGUCGCGGAUCCUCUUCCUCAACUUCAUCCUCCCCAAGGUCCUGAUUCCGAAGAUGUCCCACUUCAGCGACCCCUGCGCCAUCCCCGUGCCCUACCGGACGCCCCUGCCGGUCUACCCCGCCGACCUCGUGGACCAGAAGCACAUCGUGACGACGUUCAAAACCGCGCGGUGCCCCAUCCCGAAGCGGCUCCGGCGCCAGCGGUCGUCGCUGCUCGCGGAACACGGCGAGGAGCUGACGAAGACGCUCGAGCGGCCGCUGGUGCGCCAGGACCGCCUGGGGGCGCUGCCGCGGUCAAUCGAGACCGCGCGGUGGCGCCGCGACGCGGACGCGCGCGCGCGCGUCGCCGCAGCGGAGUUCCAGGACGCGUACAAGAACGACGCGCGGUCCGCGGACCACGCGCGCGUCAACGAGCUCCACCGGAGCGGCCACGCGCGGCUCUGGACCGACGACUUCCUCUUCCGGCUGCGCGACGACCUCGACUUCAGGCCGCCCGUGCUCUACGCGGUCGUCCUCUUCGGCGCCUACGCGCUGGCCUAUCUGCCGGGCGAGGUCGAGGAGAUCGUCAUCGAGGAGGGCAUGAACUUCAUCAUCAUGUUCGGCAUGGGCGUCGUGGAUCUGUGUCUGGGCUUGGCGGGGCUCCGGACGUUCCCGGCGGUCUGGCUCCUGUACGUCGUCGCCUUCGGCGCCGCCAUCCUCGUGCUCGCCCUCGGCCCGUCGGCGCUCCGGACGACGGGGGCGGCGGGCAAGGGCCUCGUGGCGUCCCUGCGGCCGAAGAGGGAGGGCGCGGAUCUCGAGGAUCUCGAGGUCCAGGGCGCGACGGGCGUCUCGCAGCUCCAGCAGGCGCUGCUCCUCCUCUACGACAGCGACGACGACCUCGACGACGACGACGACGACGGCGCCUCCGACGACGACGACAAGGCGGGCCUCGUGCCGUCGGCGGAGCUCGCCGCCGGCGAGCGGGGCGGCGCGGACUACGAAGACUCGGACACGGACGACGAGCGGUCGAUGUUCCGCCGGCAGCCGAGCCUCGCGCCGUCCGCCGUCGACUCCGUCGAGGGGUCCAUCGCCUUCGACGCCGCGUCCGUCGCGGGGUCCCUGGCGUCGCGGCCGUCGUCGACGCGCGGCGGCUCCGCGCCCCCGCGGCGCGCGCGGCUCGCCGAGCGGCCGGCGUCGCCCUUCGACGCCGCGAGCGAGGACUCCUUCGAGUCCGCCUGA